AUGGCGGUGUCCAAGACGUCGAAGAUGGUCGCCUUCGUGAACUACCGCGUCCGGGUCACCAUCGUCGACGGACGGGAAAUCGUCGGGCGAUUCAUGGCUUUUGAUCGACACGUGAAUCUCGUGCUCGCGGAUGCGGAGGAACAUCGAAAGCUUCCGGCGACGCGAACGAUGGACGCGGACGAUCGACACGUCCGUCGAGUGCUCGGGUUCGUGUUGCUUCGGGGGGAGGAGGUGGUGUCGCUCACGGUGGAGGGACCGCCGCCGGCAGGGACGGGGCGGACGGCGGCGCGAAGCGGGACGGGACGGGCGGCGGGCGCGGGACGAGGGAUGCCGGCGCCGACGGCGGCGGCGGCGCCGACGCGAUUCGGGGGACCGCCGUUGGGGGCGAUGAUGCCGGGCGGUGGGCCGCCGCCGGGGAUGCGUCCGCCGGGACGGUAG